GGUAGUCAGAGUUUGAAAUCGAGAUGGAAGCGAGAGGCUAGGACGGAUGUAGGCCGCUUCAGAACAUAUCGCGAGUGUCGGGAUACCAACAGCCUACUUUUACCCUGUCGUGCGUGGCAACCAAACUGCAGCGAGAUCAAGGCAUAUAUAGAGUGGCUGUCUUCAUCCUGUGCUGUAGAAUAUGUCCCCCAUGUCAUCUCACCGCACUACGCCUAUGCCAUCCCGGCGCACUCACAGCACUGAAAUACCCUUCGUCGGCCCUCCUUAUACUCAACGUGACAAUGGCCGUACCCGCAUCGACGCUUUAGAAGAAGAACUAGCAGAACUGCAGGAGGAAAAUGAAAACCUAAGGACACAUGUUAUACAGCUACAAAAGAGUCAGAGCAAUGGAAACGAGAAGAAGAGAACUAGCGACUCACAAGAACAAACCACUAAUGCAUUGGGUCGUGGUCAUCAUAGGCUUGUUCACAUUUCCGAUAGUCCUGCAACCGUCAUCAUGAAUGCGCAAGCGCACAUGGUCGCGCUCAAGGAUGAAGACAGAGUGGCCUCGAUCGAAGAGAUGAAGGAGAUGGAUGAGGAUUCGCGCGAUGAGAAGAUAGAGGAGGAGUUAUCUGAGUGGAGAGCUCAGGAAAGAAACUUGAUCGCUUAUGGGCAGCUUCUACGACUUCUCCCAAAUUUGGAACGUCACUUGAGCGAGUCAACACCGGAGUCUGUUGAAGAUUUCACUGUGCGACUUCGUCGGGGUGCGAGUGAAGCAAGAAGCGACGACAUCAAUCGUUGCACUUCCAAAUUAGGCAGCCUGUUGAACCACGUCCAAGAUCCACGUGAACGACCGGACCCUCUGCUCAACGUCGAUGGCAACAACAUGAGGGCAAACCGCGGACUCAGUCACAAGACAUGUUGCCGUUGGUUGCUCCCCAUCGACGUCGCCCUUACAGAAGAGACUCUCAGCAAAGCGGCCUCUCUUGAGAUUGACCUCAGCGACAACUGGUUUAUACGACUAUUCUACAAAGAUGGGGAAGGUGAUCCGAGCAACGUUGAGGAAAAUUUCCUCAUGUCUACAAUCUUGGUCCGCCUUUAUCAAGCCGUUUUCACUUCGCCCUCAUCUGCGACAGGGAGUAUUGAUGGCGACAGCGACGAUGAAGAUGCCGCUCGCAGAAAGAGACGACGAGGCUCACGCGCCGUCCGAAGCUCAGUUGCAGACAAACUCCAUAUGAACAAUCAGGUUACUCCACGGUCAAUUGCUUACAUCUGUGUGCUGGCACAUUUUUCUCUCACUGAUGCUACCCAGUGGGACACGACUGUAUACGACGUCGACUAUACAGCGAUGUAUGAGUUCAUCGUUGACUACCUUGAGGACACUCCAACUGAACAGAGCCGGAAGAAUGCAGAGACAAUCUUGAGUUGGUGGAAUAGGAAAGUUUUCAAGGGCAAGUCCUCAGGCAUUCAUGGCAAUCAGAACAAGUCGCGAAAGCGAUUGGCGGCUCAGCGACGGGAGAGAUCAAACGUAGUAUCGACAUCGGCUGAUUCUUGAAUUCGUGGUGACAAUUUUGUUGGGCUUCACUGCGGCCGCAUUUCCUUUGUCGCUGAGCAUGUACUACUAUCUUAUUAAAUGCAAAUAUGUUCUCUUUCAAUUGGUUGGUUUGUACUUGAGUCGACUGUCAAUAGACAGCAAGAGGGUCC